AUGGAUACGCGCAAUGCGAGUUUUGAUCUAUCUAACAGGCAAGAUAUGGAUAAUUUACUCAAUUUAUUAGAAAACGGAACAAUGUCGGAUCUCGAAGAAGAGAGUGACGAUGAAAUUGUACAGGCAAUACCACAAAAAAAUGUUCGUGUAGGUAGUAACAUAACGCUACCAACCGAAAGAGAGAUAGGUAAUCACUCUGAAGAGGAGGACGAUAUAGUAGGGGAAGAAGACUUAGAGGAGGUAGAAUCUAGACCCGGAUCAAGUAGUAAGCCUAAAAAUGAAAUAAUAUGGAGAAAACAUUUACAGCUUGAACCACCACAAUUCAUUUGGUCAGCGCCACCACCAUCUGAAAUUGAUUCACCUCGCGUUCCCAUUUUAUUUUUCUAA